GGCCCGUCCCCUCGGCUCUGCAGCACGCGGGUGCCUCCGGAGGCCGUCAACAGGCCCGUCGUGGAGCGCAUCAUCCGGGUGGACCACGCCGGGGAGUACGGCGCGAACCGCAUUUACGCGGGGCAAAUGGCCGUCUUGGGGAGAUCCAGCGUGGGACCCCUCAUCCAGCAAAUGUGGAAUCAAGAAAAAGACCAUCUGAAAAAGUUCAACGAACUAAUAGUUGCAUAUAGAGUUCGACCUACUGUGUUAUUGCCUUUUUGGAAUGUAGCAGGUUUUGUUUUAGGGGCUGGAAGUGCUUUACUUGGGAAGAAGGGUGCAAUGGCUUGCACAGUGGCAGUGGAAGAGAGUAUAUCAGAUCACUACAACAGCCAGAUCCGGACUCUUAUGGAAGAAGAUCCAGAAAAGUACAAAGAACUCUUGCAGACAAUAAAGCAAUUUCGGGAUGAUGAGCGGGAGCACCACGACAUUGGGCUUGAGCACGAUGCUGAAGCAGCACCAGCUUAUUCGGUUUUGAAGACAGCUAUACAACUUGGAUGCAAAGCUGCAAUUUUUUUAUCAGAAAGGAUUUAGUGAUAUUUUCCAUAUUGUUUGUGGCAAUAAACUGGGACACAAAAG